GCUUAACAAAUCCUAUUCGAUUUGAAUUUUGCGCAAUGUUGGACGAGAGCAAGUUCGACGAGCACUUCAAAUUGUGGGCGCUUCGAAUACCUUGCCAAUUUUGCAAGGUUGCCACUCGAAUUCUCAAUGGUUACAUGCUUGACAAACCCCGAGUUAAACCCAUCACUGAGGAUCCAGCGUGUGACAAAAACCGUUACCUUAUACUCUCCGAGAAAGUUCAGAAUCAAGAUUUAUCCGAUAUUCCAAAGCAAAAGCUUGAUGAGCUUAAGGGAUUGUGUGAGAUUGAAGUUUUGCCCUAUUCGUUGAUGCUAGGGUAUUCAUACUGGAAUGCAGAUCAUGUGCUAAAGAAGAUCCUGCCUACUGGAGUGGAGGUGCCGUCGUCUUUUGAAACAAUAGGUCAAAUUGCCCAUUUAAAUCUGCAUGAUGAAUUACUUGCCUACAAAGAUGUUAUUGCAAAGGUUAUUUAUGAUAAAAAUUUUCCAAGAAUUAAAACUGUUGUUAAUAAAGUUGGAACCAUUACAAAUGAAUUUCGUGUGCCAGAAUUUGAAAUUUUAGCAGGAGAGCAUGAUAUGAUUACAGAAGUGAAGCAAUAUGGUGCCACUUUUAGGCUUGAUUACAGUUUGGUUUAUUGGAAUUCCAGAUUGGAACAUGAACACAGAAGGUUAGUUUCAAUAUUCCGAGCUGGAGAGACCAUUUGUGACAUGUUUGCUGGUAUAGGUCCUUUUGCCAUUCCUUCGGCACAGAAAGGAUGCAUAGUCUAUGCAAAUGAUUUAAAUCCAGAUAGCAUUCACUAUUUGAGGAUUAAUGCCAAAAUCAACAAGGUCGAUGAUCGGAUUUAUGCAUACAACAUGGAUGCUAGAAAGUUCAUAUCCCAGCUAAUGGAAGUCCCAAAUUCUGAGAUUAAAUUAGAAUAUGAUGUCCCCAUUUCGAAUAAUUGUGUCACAUUCAAUUGCGAGAUACCAGACAAUGCUGAAUCAAAUUCAGAAAAUGAGUUGCUAACUGUUGAUACAAAGGACCUAGGAGAUAGCAUGAACAAUAGUUUGGAGGAUAUACAAGGUUCAGCAAGGCAUGCUGCUACAUCUGUGAUUGCUGUUAAAAGAUCUUCUAGUAGUUCUCAUGAUGGGAAUGAAAAGGCUCAUGGCACUGGCGUCCUUGAAGGUGGUGGGAAUAAAGGAAGCACAAACAAGAGAAUGAGAAGCUCUGAGAUAUCUGACACAAAAACUUGGGAACAUAUUGACCAUGUAAUAAUGAAUUUACCAGCAUCUGCUGUUCAGUUUCUAGAUGCAUUCCGGGGAUUAUUACAGAGGAAAUAUUGGAAAGGACAUCUGCCAUGGAUCCACUGCUAUUGCUUCAUUAGGGCAACUGAAACUCCUGAGUCUAUAAUAGCUGAGGCAGAGUCUGCUUUAAACGCUCCUAUACAAGACCCAAUAUUUCAUAGGGUUAGGGAUGUGGCUCCAAACAAGGCAAUGUUUUGUUUAAGCUUCAGGUUGCCAGGAGCAUGCGUUAGUGAAGAUAGUCAAUAGCACAAUCCUUGGUGAUGCAGCUGAAGAAAAAGUAACUUUGUAUAUUUUACUACCUAAAUUUUCAGGGUUUGACAGGGCCGUGCCUGUGCAUCAAUGCAUGGAUGGAUUCAAUGCCAUGUUCUCUCUGACUCAAAGACAAGCAUAAUGAAACGUGAAAAAUUAAAAAAGAAAAAGAAAAAAAGGAAUAGGCCUUACUCUUUGAAGAUCUUGAAGGGUAUUCAUUCUUGUCGAUAUGUAUUGUAUUUCGAUAUUUGAAAUAACUGAAACAAGUUAUGUUUCGAAGCAAAAAGUGCCGAGUUAACUUCAAAGCAAAAACUGGAUCGAACUACCGAGUUUUUCUGUUAGAAGACAAGUCAGUUAUAGAGGAUUUCUUCUUGUAGUUUAUUAAAAGUAUAUGUUGUAAUGAGUUCGUGGUUAUUUUGAACAAUGAUUGUACGGCUGUUAUUGUCAUAUCAUAUGGGAU